CGGCGGCGCCCAACGAUGACCGCUCCCUGGCGGCGCCUCCGGAGUCUGGUUUGGGAAUACUGGGCCGGGCUCCUCGUGUGCGCCUUCUGGAUCCCAGAUUCGCGCGGGAUGCCGCACGUCAUCCGGAUCGGAGGAAUCUUUGAGUAUGCAGAUGGCCCCAACGCCCAGGUCAUGAAUGCCGAGGAGCACGCCUUUCGAUUUUCUGCCAACAUCAUCAACAGGAACAGGACCUUGCUGCCUAACACGACCUUGACCUAUGACAUCCAGAGGAUUCACUUCCAUGACAGCUUUGAGGCAACCAAGAAGGCCUGUGACCAGUUGGCGCUGGGCGUAGUGGCAAUCUUCGGGCCGUCGCAGGGCUCCUGCACCAACGCCGUCCAGUCCAUCUGCAACGCUCUGGAGGUGCCUCACAUCCAGCUGCGUUGGAAGCACCACCCGCUGGACAACAAGGACACCUUCUACGUGAACCUCUACCCUGACUAUGCCUCACUCAGCCACGCCAUCCUUGACCUGGUCCAGCACCUCAAGUGGCGGUCAGCCACCGUGGUCUACGACGACAGUACAGGGCUCAUCCGGCUGCAGGAGCUCAUCAUGGCUCCAUCAAGGUACAACAUCCGCCUGAAGAUCCGCCAGCUGCCCAUCGACUCGGACGACGCACGCCCCCUACUCAAGGAGAUGAAGCGCGGCCGUGAGUUCCGCAUUAUCUUUGACUGCAGCCAUACCAUGGCAGCCCAGAUCCUCAAGCAGGCCAUGGCCAUGGGCAUGAUGACUGAGUACUACCACUUCAUCUUCACCACUCUGGAUCUCUACGCGCUAGACCUGGAGCCCUACCGCUACUCAGGGGUGAACCUGACGGGCUUCCGCAUACUCAAUGUGGACAACCCCCAUGUCUCGGCCAUCGUGGAGAAGUGGUCCAUGGAGCGGCUGCAGGCAGCUCCCCGGGCAGAGUCCGGCCUGUUGGACGGAGUGAUGAUGACUGAUGCGGCCUUACUGUACGACGCUGUACACAUCGUGUCCGUGUGCUACCAGCGGGCGCCCCAGAUGACAGUGAAUUCCCUGCAAUGCCACCGGCACAAGGCCUGGCGUUUUGGUGGCCGCUUCAUGAACUUCAUCAAAGAGGCUCAGUGGGAAGGAUUAACUGGACGGAUUGUUUUCAACAAAACCAGUGGUUUGAGGACGGAUUUUGAUCUGGACAUCAUCAGCCUGAAGGAGGAUGGCCUGGAGAAGGUUGGCGUGUGGAGUCCUGCUGAUGGACUCAACAUCACAGAGGUCGCCAAAGGCCGGGGCCCUAACGUCACUGACUCUCUAACAAACAGGUCUCUCAUCAUCACCACAGUGCUGGAGGAGCCCUUUGUCAUGUUCCGGAAGUCUGACCGGACCUUGUAUGGGAAUGACCGGUUCGAGGGCUACUGCAUAGACCUGCUCAAGGAGCUGGCGCACAUCCUGGGCUUCUCCUAUGAGAUCCGGCUGGUGGAGGACGGCAAGUAUGGGGCGCAGGACGACAAGGGCCAGUGGAACGGCAUGGUCAAGGAGCUCAUUGAUCACAAGGCAGACCUGGCUGUGGCGCCACUAACCAUCACUCACGUCCGUGAGAAGGCUAUUGACUUCUCCAAGCCCUUCAUGACCCUUGGUGUGAGCAUCCUGUAUCGCAAGCCCAACGGCACCAACCCCAGUGUCUUCUCCUUCCUCAACCCACUGUCCCCGGACAUCUGGAUGUAUGUGCUUCUUGCCUACCUGGGGGUCAGCUGUGUCCUCUUUGUCAUUGCCAGGUUCAGCCCCUAUGAGUGGUACGAUGCUCACCCCUGCAACCCUGGCUCUGAAGUGGUAGAAAACAACUUCACUCUGCUCAACAGCUUCUGGUUUGGAAUGGGCUCCCUGAUGCAGCAAGGGUCUGAACUGAUGCCCAAAGCCCUGUCUACACGCAUCAUUGGGGGCAUCUGGUGGUUCUUCACACUCAUCAUCAUCUCUUCCUACACGGCCAACCUGGCUGCCUUUCUCACUGUGGAGCGCAUGGAAUCACCCAUCGACUCUGCCGAUGACCUGGCCAAGCAAACCAAAAUCGAAUAUGGGGCUGUCAAGGAUGGGGCCACCAUGACCUUCUUCAAGAAAUCCAAGAUCUCUACCUUCGAGAAGAUGUGGGCAUUUAUGAGCAGCAAGCCCUCGGCGCUGGUGAAGAACAACGAGGAGGGCAUCCAGCGGACCCUGACAGCCGACUAUGCGCUGCUUAUGGAGUCCACCACCAUCGAGUACAUCACCCAGAGGAACUGCAACCUCACCCAGAUUGGGGGCCUCAUCGACUCCAAGGGCUAUGGCAUCGGCACGCCCAUGGGAUCUCCUUACCGGGACAAGAUUACCAUCGCCAUCCUGCAGCUGCAGGAGGAGGACAAGCUGCACAUCAUGAAGGAGAAGUGGUGGCGGGGCAGCGGGUGUCCCGAGGAGGAGAACAAGGAGGCCAGUGCCCUGGGCAUCCAGAAGAUCGGUGGCAUCUUCAUCGUCCUGGCGGCUGGCCUGGUCCUGUCUGUGCUGGUGGCCGUGGGCGAGUUUGUGUACAAGCUCCGCAAAACGGCAGAGCGAGAGCAGCGCUCCUUCUGCAGCACCGUGGCCGACGAGAUCCGUUUCUCCCUCACCUGCCAGCGUCGGGUCAAGCACAAACCACAGGCUCCCAUGAUGGUCAAGACCGACGCUGUCAUCAACAUGCACACAUUCAAUGACCGCCGGCUUCCAGGCAAGGACAGCAUGACCUGCAGUACAUCUUUAGCCCCCGUGUUCCCCUAGGCACAGGUUGGGUGGGGACCACAGGCCUGGGGCAAGGCAGAGGGAGGCAAAGGAGACUGGGAGGAACAGCCCAAUCCUCAAGUUGGGCUUGGGAACCAGAGCAGCUGCCUGCAUGCUGGGCCAGGAGCCCUCCGCCCUCAUCCACCAGGACACCAGCAGGCCCGCAAGCCCCUUCUUGGGCUAUGCCCUCCUCCUGUCUCUUCUGUGGGUUUCUAAAGCUGCCAGCCAAGAUAGCCAAGGCCAAAGGAAGCACAUCCCUCUCUCAGGCCAAAUUCACCCAUCCCAGUUCUUGUACUCUCCUCUACAGUCAGGAGUUUCUGCUAUGGCCCAGCAGAGGUUACAGAACUUGGAAGACAGCUCUUAGAGCGUUACUUCUCCCUCAAGAGGCCCAGGCUCUCUAGGGCUUGACCAUGAGGAGGGAGACGCAAACCUUGGCACCUUACAGUUGUUACAGUAUGGCCGUCAGUGGGAGCCCAGGGAUGGUCAAUCCCAUUUACCUGGGCAAAAGGAAGACUACAGCCUUCAGGGGCUGUUCACAUAAUCCUGUUCUUGUGGAUUUGGUUUUAUGUAUGGCCACCCCUCAGCAAAAAGAAAGGCAGAGUGGGAAGGAGAAGUUUGGGUAUGAGGGAGAAAAGAAUGCACAGAUAGAAGCCACCAUCCUGGAUUCUUGUGGAUAACAUCGCAACGGUUUCUGCAUCUUGAGAAGGUCUCCAGGAAAACACACAGUAUAGUGGUCAUGGCAAAUACUUCUCCACUUCUGUCCAGAAGAGAGAGGACCCCCUAAAUCUCUCACAAAGGAUGCCCAAUGACUCAGUUGAUAUUU